AUGGAGUAUGUCUGUAAACCGAAAGAAGAAGGAGGAUUAGGGCUGAGAAACUUGGAGGAAGCUAAUAAAGUCUCAUGCCUGAAACUGAUCUGGCCUAUUCUUUCUUCUAAAUCCUCACUGUGGAUCCAGUGGAUUCACAAAUAUCUGAUUCGGCAAGGUUCCUUUUGGAGUAUCAAGGAAACAAACUCCUCAGGGUCAUGGAUCUGGAAGAAGCUUCUCAAGCUUAGACCCUUGGCUAGGGAUCUAUCAAAAAUGGAAGUAAAUAAUGUUGAGACUGUAGAGAAUACUUAUCGACGGCGUAGACUGAGAAACCCCGUAUUGAAGCAAAUUGAAAGCGAGAUCCUCAAUCUUCAAGAGCUGGGGCUGUCCCAGAGUGAUGAUAAUUGUCGUUGGAUGCGUGAAAAUGGUGAGUUCCGAACGGAGUUCUUAACGUCUCAAACAUGGAACUUAAUCAGAGUACAUGCCCCUCGCGUCUCUUGGUUCAAGGGGAUUUGGUUCAAAGAAUCAACCCCUAAGUUCUCCUUUCUCAGUUGGUUAGCAGUCCAUGAGAGGUUAUCGACUGGAGAUAGGCUACUCAAGUGGAACCCCCAGGCAAAUUCUAUUUGCUGGCUAUGUAACACUGCCAUGGAAACUCGGGAUCAUUUAUUCUUCGAGUGUUCCUUCUCAGCGGAAGUUUGGAGAGGCACGAUCAGGGGGUUGGAUGGUGUAAGUCCCUCUGUUCACUGGCCUGCUCUGAUACGAAGAUUGGUGACAGGUUCUAGUGAUCUACUACACACCUUUCUCCUGCGAUACUGCUUCCAAGCAGCAUUGUAUGCCAUAUGGUUUGAGAGGAAUAAGCGCAGAGUUGGAAAAGCUCCACAAGCUGCUACACGACUUAUCAUCUUCUUGGACAGGUUGAUUCGAAACAGAAUCUCCUUUUUGAGGAAGAAAGCUGGAAACAAAUAUGAAAAAACCAUGGAGAUAUGGUUUGGAAGUAGAUAA